AAGAUUUUUUUGUGUUAUUGUGGCUGCCUCAAACAACCUGCCAAUGAGAGUCGAAUGGCAUCGGUGUGUUACUGUUGUGUUGGGGAACUACCGCUAUAUCUUGAUCAAGAGCUAAGACGUCAUUUUCAAGCACGUUGCGUCGCGGACACUCUUGAAAGGCAGUCGAAUAGUAAAGCUGGUAUCGCUAACAUUUCUGUCGCUUGAUAUACUCUAAUAGACUUUACAGAUAACUUGAAUAACUUGCAACCUUGCUUUAUUUAUGCAUUAUUAAUAAACAGUACAGUUACCAUGCAUUCUUGUCUGUCUAUCGAUCAUAGCUGUGUCAUCUGAUGCAACAUUUUAGCCAUUUUAAUUUGAAUCAUUGUUCUAUAAAAAUACAUUAUAAAAUUCGAACUACUUUACUAACUAGAACUUCGAGAUGAAAGCCUUUUUUAUCAUAUUCUACGUCAUCACUUCAUCAUGGUGUCAAGAUGAAACUGUGUUUCACUGCUCAGCCAAACCAAAAAGACUAACGUUUAACAUUGAUGAACAUAGCAAAGAAUAUCCGAUUACAUGCAAGUCUAAUAGUACAGUUCUCAGCUGGCUUGAUUUGGCAUCACGAAAUUUGGAUAUAACAACUAUCAGAACGAGACUGAAUAAAUUAGAAAACAAGUUUGAUGAAAACAUAGACCUAUCUGGAAAAGGAAAUUUUGAAAGUCGUGAAUCUCGCCAAAAAAUUAAAGAGAAAUCUUCUAAAAUUACCUAUCUAUUGGGAGAAACGAAAGAACAGUCUACUGAGAUCAAAAAGCUGAAGAAAGAUUUGGUUGAAGUACAAGAAAUUAAUAGCAAGUUGUUAGAAGAAUUGGAUAAACAAAAGAAAACCAACGACGAAAUGAAAAAAGCAAUAUCCCGGAUUGAACGAAAACUCGCUGUAACAAAGAAGCCUCAGAAACGCCAACCCGGAUCGAGACAGAUCACCCGACCAACAAUAAAUACCAAAACACCAUUGAAACCAACUCGUUCUCAAGAUAACUGCGAAUUGAAAAUUGGAAAUGUUUGUUAUUUUGCUGUGAGCCCUGGUAAAAAUGGUGUCAAUUACUACAAAGCAGUAGAGCUUUGUAAAAAACGUAACGCGGAUGUUGGUUGGAUUCGAGAUGAAGAAUCUUACAAUGAGAUUAUGAAGUUUUUGAAGACGAAAAUCCCAAAGGGAGAUCCAUGGAUUCGGAUAUGGACAGGAAUGCACUUUGAUCCAAUGACCCGUGACGUCACACCCGCGGAUUCAUUCAUUAAAUGGUAUCCAGAUUUACCAUCUACAGGAAAUAAAUAUAAAGAACGGACAAAUGUUCAUCUUAGUGUUCAAUCCAACCCGAAUGAUGUUUACCAAGGGAUGUGGAAUGUUCAGCCUGACUGGGAGAAUAAUGGAGUUCUUUGUGAGAGCCAGACGUAACGUCUCACUGUUGCAUUUGGUCUCUCUUAAGCUGUUCUGAAGUACAAUAUUGACUUCUAUAUUGACUAAUAUCAUUGAAUUCUAACUUUAAAUAAAUAAAAGAGCAAUAAUGGAUAAAUUAUCCGAUGUCAAAAACUAUCUUAGAAAUUGAUUAAAAAUACAAAAAUUCUGACACACCCUUAUAUCUACCGCGUUUCCCUGAAAAUAAGAUCUAGCCUGAAUUUUGAAAUGAUAUCAUUAUAAGCCCUCCUCUUAAAAUAAGACUCAAUUGACAGUGCAUUAUUUUUUUGACCUGGUCGAUGGCAAGGAAUCUCUUCUACGCGUUUCAAAUUAUUGAUUAUUUGUGUUUAGCACUCAUUUUAAAUAAAAACGUGUUACUUAAAAGGAAAUGGAUAUCGAUUUUCAUAUUUUGUAUAUUUUCGAAAUCUCCUAAUUCUCUACUUUGUAAUUUUGUUUUCGAUAAAUGAGAAUAAAAGACAUCCCCUCAAAAUAAGCCCAAGUGUUGUUUUUAGGAAGAAAAUUGAAAUAAGACUCUGUCUUGUGUUCGGGGAAACACGGUGUAUACCCAUUAAAAUUAUUUGUGAUGUUGUUUUGUAUAACUGAUCUAAUUUCUUUGAUUUCCUAAAGUAUUAUUUUAUGUGAAAUUUAGAGAUCUGUGUGCUACAUUUGCGUUAUUAUAGAGU